GGGGAACAGAUACCCCGGCUUUCUCUUUCCUUUCCGUAGCCCGCCUGGUCUUCCAUCAUGCCGAAAGAAAGCGUCCCCCGUUCUCUCCUUUUUCUCUCGGCUCCCCACCUCUGCUCCGCUAUUCCUAUUUUAAUCAUCGGCCUCCUUCGCCGAUUCUCUCCCCGGUUGACCUCUCCGGUUCCCUUUGCCGGCGAUACUCCGCCAUGACGACCCCUCCUUUUGAACUCACCACCGAGUCCGACUUCGAUCGCAUCGUCUCCUCCGAUGGACUCGUCUCCAUAUGUGGCUUCGGCUCUCUUCUCUCAGAUUGAUUUUGCUUACAAUGUAGAGAGGAGUGCUCGGAGUACGUUUCCCGGUCUAAUAGGUUUCAGAGUGGCCAAAUUGAUUGGAUUCCGGAGGGUUUUUGCUCACGUAGCGCCCAUAUUCUUUGAGCAUGGCAUAGCUAAACCCGAAACCAAGGAGAUGUCAAGCUUGAGCGUGGAGCCUUGUGAAGGGGAAACCCUUAUAAUUUCUGCAUUUGAAAUUUCAAAAUCAGAGAUACCAGCGUUCAUGGAGAGGGAGCAUGAAUUUCGGUUUCUCGCAGUCACCCCUGAAACGUUGAAUGGAUUACUAUAUACAAAUCGAGCUGUACUAUGUGCACGUUAUACUGAUGAGGAAUAUCUUAAGGAAAGAUGUAAAGGUGACCUCGAGAUCUUCUUCAAGCGAUAUGGCCAAUAUAACAUUGACCGGAUUUGGCAAGAUGAUAUUUUACCAUGUCGUGCUUAUCUACGCCACUGUGUGCUGGCGGCUGAGAAUCUUGGUGAAGUUGCAUUCAAUAAUUUUAUGGAUCAUACAUACCUUGGAGACAGGAAAACAACCAUCCGUCAGUACCUAGCUACAACUGGGUCGGGCAUCAUGGAAGUGGAACCACCUCAACCUCUUAGAGAGAGAUAUGGCGGUUGAGAUUGUGGCAUUAUGAGAUAUGUAUUCCUUAUUUUUUUCGUCCUCUUUCCCAUUUUGUUUAAUUAAACUUGUCCAUUGUCUGUUAAAAUGGUUGAAAAUGUGUAAUCAUUCAUUUUAUCGUUGUAGCUAAGAUGGAUUUUUUUUGUUUCAUCUCAUACUAUCCCUAAAUAAACUUUUCAGUUUUCC